AUGGUCAAGAAACUGGCUCUGCUGCUCUUCGUACUGCAGCUCAUCCUGGCGACUGCCUUCGCACUCCCAUCAAAGAAGGGUGGGAAGAUGCUAGCUUUGAAGGAGCCGUCGCCCUCUUUUUCACCAAAGGACUCCGAGACGCUGUCGAAGGCCAUCACCCACUGCGAGAUGCAGCCCGACAAGGGCGAGACGGUCAUUUCGACAAGGGCGAAGAAUGCCGCCCUUUGGCAUGAAGCCCAUCAGAAGAACAAAAAGGAUCAAAAGUGCGAGAAGGCGAAAAGUCACAACAAGCAGUAG